AUGGCUCUGUCCCGUCCAUUAGCGAGGCUUUUAAACAUAACAAGACAUUUUCAAUUUCGCAAAAUGGCUACAGACGCUAAGUACUAUCCCAUUCCAAUUGAGGCUGCACAUACAGACUCUUCUUUAACAUUUAACCAUACAUGCUUGCGUGUAAAGGACCCCAAGAGAAGUGUUGACUUUUACGAAUCAAAGUUCGGCAUGGAAUUGAUCGGAAAGAAAGAGUUUCCAGAGUCGAAGUUUGAUUUGUACUUUUUAUCGUUUCCCAAGGCCAACUUUCACAGAAACGCCAAUGGUGACAUCGAUGUCUUUAGAAAUAGCGGAGUUUUGGAGUUGACCCAUAACUAUGGUACGGAAAACGACCCCAACUUCAAAAUCAACAACGGCAAUGAAGAGCCUCACCGUGGUUUUGGUCACAUUUGCUUCACAGUUCCCGACGUCACACACACCUGCGAGCUUCUUGAAUCUAAAGGUGUUGAUUUCAAGAAGAGAUUGACGGAUGGAAGACAGAAGGACAUUGCUUUCGCCUUGGAUCCAGAUGGAUAUUGGAUUGAAUUGGUUCAGUACAAUAGACCAGGUGCCAGUGAUAAAUUUGAUGUAGGCUAUCUUUUCAACCACACCAUGAUCCGUGUGAAGGAUGCUAAAAAGUCUCUUGAGUUCUACCAAAACGUGCUUGGUAUGCACCUAUUAGACGUAAGUGAGCACGCCAAUGCCAAAUUCACUCUCUACUUUUUGGGUUACUCCAGGGAUUCUGCAAGGUGGUCUCAAGAAGGUGUGCUCGAAUUGACACACAAUUGGGGCACUGAAGAUGACGCUGACUUCAAAUAUCACAAUGGUAACGAACAACCUCAAGGAUACGGCCACAUUUGCGUUAGCUUAGUGAAUCCAAAUGUUCUUUGUAAGGAGAUCGAGAAUAAGUACGGUGACAAGAUCCAAUGGCCGGUGAAAUUUAACCAGGGCAAAAUGAAGAACUUGGCUUUCAUCAAAGACCCUGAUGGAUAUUCGAUCGAAAUAAUCCCAUUUGGCUACAACUAG